UCGCCGGCCAUGCUCUAAAAUAAAAUAGAGGGGCAUAUUUCUUUGAUUCAGUGCUCGUUCUGCUUUGUUUGCAAUUCAUUUGUUUCCUGAGGCCUUGAAGCAGCACUUACUUGCUUCUUUGUUUCAUUUUUUCGGUUCGAGCUGGCUUCCUCAGACAUGACAGAAGAUGCAACUCAAAAUGCUGGGCUUGCUCGCAUUUAAAUAAAGUAAUUCAAGUUUUCUGAGCUAGAAGGGGCCUUGGAUCCAGUGCUCCUGCGAAUUAUACUAGAACGCCGCCUUCCAAGUUAAGAUUGAGGAUUUACCUAAGAAAAUAAACACCAUGGAUAAUUGCGCAUCGCCUCAUUCUAUUACGGGACAUCCGCCGCCAAAGACCCGGAGCUCUGUCUCGCUCUCUAAGCUAUUGGAUUACAUUCAACCCGAGCUCUCGCGAAAGCAAUACCGCAUUAUCAAGAAUGACAAAGGCCUCAUCGAAGCAUACAAGUCCGCGGGUAUAGACCGUGUGGAAAUUGGCAGGCAAAUCUGCGAGUGGGGCAAGAAUUCGGGAGAUGAGGCCAUCGUCGACAUAUCCAGCAAGGUCGGCCUUCUUCUUCAAGAGAUGGGCAAAUUGUCAGAGCCUUACGCCACUGCACUAGAAGAUGCGCGUGGCCAUCUCAAGAUCAUCCGCAACAUUGAGAAGAUUGUUCAACCGAUCCGCAACAGAAAGAUGAGGGUGUUGGAUAAAAUCCAGAAAAUCAGAACAAAGACCCCUUCUCAAAACAUCAAACUGGCCGCGCUGGAGCAGGAGCUUGUUAGGGUAGAGGCCGAGAGUCUGGUUGCUGAGGCGCAGUUGACAAAUCUUACUCGCCAAAAUUUCAGGGAAGCGUUCCAGAUCGAGCUGGCUGCUGCUAUUGAGCGCGCCGAGAAAGAAGUCAUCUUGGCCAAGCACGGCUUUCGCCUCCUCGAGCUCCUUGACGCUAACAUAGUCGCGCCGGGAGAGCCUUAUGUGCCCUACGAGCAUGGAGUUCAAGCUCACCAAGUGCUGAGUGACGCCGAAGCUAAUCUCAAGGAGUAUCAGCCGGAUGACAGGUACAGAGCUCCAGGAGGAAGCGGGAUACUAGUAGAAGAGACUGCGGACGAAGUCGACCAGCAAGUUAAUAUCAACGGCUGGGGAGUGGCGCAAAGCUGAAUCAGCUGUUGGAACUUUGGUAUGGCUUUGACAUGGAAAGGGGGUUUUCAGGUGUCCUUUUUGUUGGCGUCUACGCAAGGAGUCUGGCAGGAGGAUUGGGCAACCAGCUCGGGCUUAUCUAUAUGGAUUGGGUGGAUUAUUUUUUGUUUCUUGGGCGCUGUAGGACACAUAUCUAUUUUAUCCAACUGAUUUUAGCAAGUUGGGUACUUUUUUUUACCUGUAGUCAUGAACAAUAGAGCUUCGUUUAGAGAAAUGUGUCUCAGCAGAUUACACGAAUGGAUCCAGCAUAUCUCUCAAGAAGACAAUGAAGUAUUACAUAUUCAAGCAUGAAAAGAUAUAUUACUAGAAUAGGUAUAUGUAUGUAAUGAUAUCUCAUAUCUUCUCUUGAGGGAUCGAAGGGUUGGAAUUGGGGGUGUUGUUCCAAUGAUAAUUACCCUGUACGGGUAGAGAUGGCGAGGAUGUUUGAGCAUUGCUGGUGUCCAUGUACAAUUACGUAUCAAUUUGCGUGCUAUGGUACUUGCCGGAACCAUUUCCCUAACAGCCCCGCAUUAAAACAGCCGUAGUAAAGCUCGAGCCUCCUGGGCUUUACCGCCUCGCAUGCACAUACAGUACAGAUUUCCUUUGCCGCCCCGUAUCUCCGGCAGCCGUGGUGCACUCCGGCACUGAAAAGCCUGCUACGAACCUCGGUCAUAGGCCCAAAUCAACCGAACUCGCCCCCCGUGAGGUUGAUAUUCUAGAGAAUCCGGAAAGGACCAAAAUAAACGC